GCUCAAGCUGCUCUUAUACCCAUGGCCAUGGCGGACGCAAGGCACGUAUCAUUUCACGUCUUUAUCUUCAUUCUGUAUAUCCUUCAAGGUGGCUUAUACGGUCUGCAAACAAGGUAUCUACCAGUCCUUCUACGGAAAAGCGGAACAUCACUCUCUUUUAUCAGCUCGCUUGGCCUUGUGACGCUUAUUCCUUGGGUUAUUAGGCCGCUUUGGUCCCCAGUCAUCAACCGGUUUUCUCCACAAAGGCUCUUACAGGGAUGCAUGGUCGGGAUUGCGGGAUCACUCUUACUUGUACCUCUAUUCCUUCAUUCAAGGGCUUUCCUUGUGGUCGCAUUUCUACUCAACGUUUUCUCUUCAGUGAAGGAUUUAGUUGUAGGUUCGUUAUCGCUGUCGCGGUCAAGUGAGGUUAGUUCCAUAGCGACCAUAAAAAUAACUGCGUAUAAACUCGGGGCGCUGUUAGCAGGCGGCGGGGGACUAUGGCUUCUCCCUUCGCUCUCCAAUACCGGAGAACUUUUCAACUCAAUGGCACUUAUUUAUAUCGUUGUUAUGAUCUCAACUAGACGAAGAAAUUCCUUAAUUGCUAAACAGGAAGUAACAGGAAGUUCUCACUUUGCGAAUUUCCGUCACGCGAUCUCUGAGGAUACUUACGUCUCGACAUGCUCAUCGCCCGGUACAUUGUGGUUGCUGGUGUGUCUUAUUAUUUAUAAGUUUGCGUCUCACGGCUCGAACAUGAUGUUCACGAUGGCGCUUGUUGAUAAAGGCGUGGCCGUGUCAAAUAUCGGACUAGUGUCCGGGAUUUUCGGACAUGUGGUGUCUCUGGCGAUUGCUGGUUUAACUGGGACGAUACUUGUAUCAAGUCGGACAAGUGUGACAGCAGUCCAGCUUCUGGUGUCAAUAUCAGGCGUCGUCUCAAUCCUAGUUCAGCUAUUAACCAUAUUCGGCCAGGAAGCAAUACACGAAAAUCUAGUUUUUAUAUCCUUCGCACUUCAACAUGUUGUGCUCGGAGCAGAAGCCACGCCAAUGUACACGCGAAUACUACAAGUCACUCAACAAGCGCCCACUCGGACUCAGGCUACCCUCUAUUCGAUCUUUAGCACGGUAGAGACCGUCGGUGUAAGACUGGGCUUGGCCGCAGCUGGCGUGCUUGCAGAGCAUGCCGGGUACAGGGUAGGGUUCGCUGUUUCUCUUUGGGUAUCUGUGGUGGUUGUUUUGAUGUUUUGCUUCCCUCCUCAAGAAAAAAACAAAUAACAAACGGGAGAUCCGCGUCAGCAGGAGACAUCAGGAGUGAAAGAGGUAUUUGUGACUCCAAAAAAUUAUCAUAAAUCAUACUUUACCAUUAGAAUGUUGAUGCAAAGGGAAAAGCUUGUAUAUGUAAUGAAAAUAAUUAAGUGGGGAAGAACAAAUUUUUGUAUUGAAAGUCCUAAACAUUUCCUUACUCACAAUUUAAAUCUCAUAAUUUUAGUGACACAGGAUUUUUCUAAACAUGCUGCUAAAUGUCUACAGCUCUCAGUUUACGAAACUAUCACAGUAAAUUGUCUUCCUAGUGAGUUCAAAGUAUUGUAUAUUGUGGAGAAAGGACAAGCGAAUCCAAUUUGAGCUUUGUAGUAGGCAUAGAACGUUUUUCCUUGCUUGUAUAUACUAUAAAAUCGUUAUCGAAGUGACACUGAAUUUUAUCUCCUACAACUGUCUACAACUGGACUAAAUGCCCGACAGUUUCCAAUUUAUUCAAAUAAGCCAAUAAUUUGUAAACCAAGUAAGUUCAAAGUAUCCUAUAUUUGUCGAGAAAGAGCAAACGAUUCUAAAUUGAGCUUUGCUGUCGAAAUUGAAUGCUUUUACUUGCUUGUAUACACCAUAAAACCGUCAUCAAAGAGACAGUAGGAAUUUCCUAUAUUUUUUAAGAAAGGGAAAGUGAAUCUAAGUUGAGUAGUUUCGGUGUCGGUAUAUAUGGGAUGUUUGCUGAAUUGUAUCAUUUUUCUGUUCAUUUAAAUCGGGUCAACAAAGCUUAAUUCAGAUUCCCUUGACCUUUUUUGACAAAUAUAAAAUACUUUGAACUCACUAGGAAGACAAUUUGCCGGACAUGAAAGCUCUAUCGAAAGGGUAAGAAUUUCUGACUUGAUGUUAGUUUUAGUAACAUAUUUCCAUGUGCAUGUGGAAGUUGUGGACUUCAAAACUGGUUGGAAUCAAUCCUUUUAGAUAUCCUAUACCGGUCGAGAAAACAAAUUCGGGGAAAAAGUCGGGGGAAAAAACAAGAAAAAAUAACUAGAAAGUUGUCGUCGUCUCAUGCUCGCUGGCCAAUAGAGACGUUCGAGGCUCUGGAACUAGGGUAGGAAGAAAGUAGAGAAAAAAGUACGCGAUCCUAAAACAACGAACACGAUCCAAACAAAAAAUGACCAAGAUCCAAAAAAUUGCACGCGAUCUACAAUGGCAAUUCCCGGGCUCCGUAGAUUUGCCUUAGAUGUUCGAGUUAUCGCAAACUUAAUUGCAUUUUGGUCUCUGUGAUACGUAUGUGAACUACUUCGUUGCCUGAAAGCGGGUCUUUUGUUAAGAUUCUGGGGUGAAAGUGCAGUAAAUAAUUGCGCUUGCGCAUACCAUCACUAAUGAAAAUGGUGAAAAUCGUUCAGGUAAAGGUUUGUUUUCAUGGGCUGACAGCUAUACCGGUGCUGUGGAGGCAGAUUACUCUGUAAUAGUUUAUAUGGGUGAUGUUUAGCCAGUGAUGAUUUCAAUCGUCUUUUUCACGGCUCUGCUAACAAUAAAAGAGAGUUUGCCAGACGGUAAAAAGUACCGGUACAGGCACCCGCUUGUGUUACUUUAUUUUAUUUUUUUAUGCUAUCCCGCUAAUGACAAGGACUUUAAAAUUCCCGUUUAUAUUUUUUCUAGGGUUAUCGUACCUCAGCCUUUCAAAUUUUUUAUUUAUAUCUUUUUUCCUUCUAAUCUUGAAACCAUAUUUUGCGGUUUCGUCUUUCUAGUAUCACUAGAUUAGAGCAAUCAUUGAUUCUGUUUUGUGUCUGUUUGCUAUGCCCGUUUUGGCUUUUCUUGUCCUUUUAAGUCAUUGACAGCCUAAAUACUACUAUUACUUUCAUUACUGUUCAAAUGAGUGGAGAAAGGCAAAUAUGCACAUCUCACCGGAGUGACACCGAUAGCUUCAUGAAAAUGUGACAGGAAAAACGCCCUAAAAGGUGUUAUAAAUGAAACGUUAGAUUUAUUGAUUGGAAAGUCGCCUGGAGCGUUUAAGAACAUUCCCUUACAAUUGAUAAAACGUAAAAGAAAGUAAGUUUACACUUAUUGUUAAUUACGCUUUCAGCAUGCAUUCCUCUAUUAUCGAGUCGUUUAUACAGCUUGUGGUUGGUUGGGUGAAGUGUAGGAUUGGAGACGUGUACCGCUAUCUCUCCCGCCCGCUAUCACUAACAGCUUACAUCUUCCAAUAGCGGGAUGUCAGGAACUGGACACAAUUUGUUUUGCUGUCUCCCGAAGAUUUAAUUUCCUGAACGUAAUUACUCCAAAUAAUUGAUUGGGAUUUUAGUGCAUACAAAGAGUGUUAUAUAUAAAGAAACGGCGAUCGCCUUUCAGUGCAAAUUGGAAUCUUCAAUAAGCAUUGGUAGUUCAUUCUCAACAUUUCUGGCACGAAACACAGAAACAUCAUGAAGAGAUCUCUAGUCGUUGUUCUUGUUGUCGCCAUCGCCGCUGCCAUGUUUGUCGAAACAGAGGGAUUCCUCAGGAACGGCCGAGAACAAAUCCCGUCUAAACUCGAGCGUGACGCGGCAGAGCUAGAGGACUUCUACAAUGCGCUGUACGCGCAGCAGAGAGCCAACCCUGGAUAUGACCGAUUCAGACGAGAACGUAAAGCCAACGCAUAAGGAAUUGACAGACAUUAUGAUUCAUAUAUUAUCGUACCACUAGCUGUAGAUCCACCAUGUGUAUGGUAUCCCUCGAGAUAACUGUUCAACUCUCUUACCACAAGUCCAUCUUGUUUUGAACCCGAACGUCGCCUGGUUGCUAUGGCAGUAUUUGAAUACUGAAAUAAACAUGCUAGAAAAAGAC